GUCGGGGCAGGCUGGGAAGGGAGGGCACCCGGCCGGGAGCUUUGUUCCGGGCGGGAGGUGUGGCCGCCCCGGGCCCGGCCGCGCUCGCCACAGGCGGACUGUGCUCAGCGGCUGGCGGAGAGUGGCCUUUUGCCCCCACGGCAGGCUCCAGCGUGACGGUGUGCGAUCGAGAAGUCGGACACGACCGAGACCCCAGUGAGAAGGCCUGCCCGCCGCGCAGAAAGCCCCUUUCAUGGUCUGACCUACCAGCAACAUGGCGACCAGUGCCGUCCCCAGCGACAACCUCCCCACGUACAAGCUGGUGGUGGUGGGAGACGGGGGUGUGGGCAAGAGCGCCCUCACCAUCCAGUUUUUCCAGAAGAUCUUUGUGCCUGACUAUGACCCCACCAUCGAAGACUCCUACCUGAAGCAUACAGAGAUUGACAACCAGUGGGCCAUCUUGGAUGUUCUGGACACAGCCGGACAGGAGGAGUUCAGCGCCAUGCGGGAGCAGUACAUGCGCACGGGGGACGGCUUCCUCAUCGUCUUCUCGGUCACGGACAAGGCCAGCUUCGAGCACGUGGACCGCUUCCACCAGCUCAUCCUGCGCGUCAAGGACAGGGAGUCAUUCCCGAUGAUCCUCGUGGCCAACAAGGUCGAUUUGAUGCAUUUGAGGAAAAUCACCAGGGAGCAAGGAAAAGAAAUGGCCACCAAACACAACAUCCCGUACAUAGAAACCAGUGCCAAGGACCCACCUCUCAACGUCGACAGAGCCUUCCAUGACCUGGUUAGAGUAAUUAGGCAACAGAUUCCGGAAAAAAGCCAGAAGAAGAAGAAGAAAACCAAAUGGCGGGGAGACCGGGCCACUGGCACCCACAAACUGCAGUGCGUGAUAUUGUGAUGGCCCGAGGCCCUGGGCACAGCCCUUGGGACCCCUCCACUGCCUAACCGCACUGAAGACCGUUCUAACCAUGACCCUUGGCCCGAGGACUUGACACAGGAAGGGAGAGAGGGAGGGUGGGCAGGGAGGAGAUAGAGUCUGGCUUUGCUGGAAGGGCAUGGGCUGCCCUGUGUCUCAGCAGCAAUGAAGAGGCAACAGUAAACAAAGCAGCAUCCAAGUCCCUGUGUUGAUGCAACCCGGUCCCUCCCCGCUCUUGGUGGCUGUGUUGUUUCUUUGAACUACAUAGUAUGGGUUUGAUGUGGAAGUGUUUCUCCACGUACAAAAACAAGCCGUGAUCACGCUUCCCCCACCCCAACCCCGGUCCACAGUGUCUGAGCUUGGGUGUGUUUUGUAGAUUUUUAAAUUAUUUUAGGGAUUAUUAUUUUAUUAAAGGGGUCUGUGCCCACUGCCUGGUGAAGUUUCAAGUCUUCAGCAGACCUCUUCUAUAACAUGUCUGGAGUAUGGUUGUUUUUUUAACGGAAUUUUCCCAGCCGUGCCAAAACUCAACUCAACAUGAAAGCAGAGUGACCGAGAGACCAGAAGUUCACGGGGACCGUGGCUGGAGGCCUCGGGAGAAACAGACCCUACUCAUGGCCUACUAUAAACUGGAGAGAAGAGAGAUGUGCGUACCCAGAAGGUUUUACUGUGGUUGAGGAUGCAGAUAUUAGGAAACAAAAUUUUGUUUUGCUGAGGGGAGGGGCGGGCACGUCAGUUUUAAAAGGGCUUCUCAUUACCCUGGAAAUAUAUAAAUUUUACGUAAGUCUAUUGGAGUCGCAAAAGUGUUCAUGUAUCUUUCAGGUGGUGUGGGUUAAGUUCUGUGUUCUUCGCAGCCAUGGGAAAGGGCUUUCCCCCAUCGCCUGUGCUGUCUGGUGCCUCUGAUACAAACACACUGAACAGGCGUGUACGGUCUCUGCGUCUAAGUCAGCUAACAUGGACACCAUCUGGAAAACUCUAGUUCGUGCUAAAUCUUAACCAAAAAUGAUCCAGUACUGUUCUUACUAAAACAGCACCAAGACCUGAAGCCAUUUUCCCUUUGAGUCAACUGACUCACUUCUUAAGCCCAAUAAAUGAGCAAAACCCCUUGAA